UAGGGGGAAGGAGAGCUCGCUUUUGAGCCGUGGUCCCAUCAGAUGGGAGAGAGUUUAAGGUGGUGGGUGUGUGCAAAGACUUGAAAUAUGUUCAAGAGACGCGCGUGUUAUCUUUUCUCCUCACCACUGGCCAUCCAGUACCUCCCCUCGUAGUGUGGCGUCAGCGGUUUAUCUCAGGCCCUGGCAGGAGCGGCAGAGGAAAAAUGGGAGGAAAUCUGAUCCAUAUGGUGGCACUAUAAAGCUCACGGCUGAUUUGCAGACUUCAUCGAAACCUGGUCAAGGCUUCAACACUACUCCAGACUGGCAUCUUCCCCUAACACCUAGUCACUGCGCUCUGAACUUCUCAGUCUUUCCUCAGCAGCACCAGUUAUCCGCCUGACCCCAGGGGUGCCUCAGCACCAAAGCUAUUUCUUCUUAGAGAGGUAAAUUAAUUUCCAGGUUGAAACACAUUGGAUUUCAUUUAGAUAACAAGUUAUGGACAAUAAGAUUAGAAGAGGAGGAGGAUCUGGUCCUAGUAACAGUGAUAUGUCAUGUUUUGCAUAUGGAUAAAUGGAGCUUGAUUAUGAGUAAUGAUGCAAUGCAUGUAUCUUUUUUUCUUGUGUUGCCUCAGGUAUGAAGAUACUUGGCCAGGUUGCUUUCUUUCUUUUGCUCGGGGGAAUCUGGUGUCAGAACAACCGUAAUGCUAAAGCUAGCGGCAAGUCCACCAAGAAGUCUGGUGGGAACCAAGGGGUUGAUGUUGGCCAGUCUCCCCCUGUGGCUGAUCUGAUUCCUGGGAGCACUGGGAACUCCAGAGGCACUGGAGGCUCAGCUGAAGCAGGACGGGAAAAUGCUGCCGGAGCUCGAGCAGCUGGACAACAGACAGAUGAUAUGAGGCUGCACUUCCUCAAGAACACCCAAGUUACAUGUAAUGAUGGAACAGCAGCUGGGUUUUACCUAAAGGAGUUCAGAGGAAGCCGCCGAUGGCUGUUAUUUCUGGAAGGGGGCUGGUGCUGCCACAGCAAAGAGACCUGUGAUUCCAGGUACCAAAAUAUACCCCGACUAAUGAGCUCAUCAGGGUGGCCCCAGACAAGAAGAGGAACUGGAAUAUUGUCUUCUCAAGCAGAAGAAAACCCACACUGGCACAAUGCAAACAUUGUAUUUAUACCUUACUGUUCCAGUGAUGUGUGGAGUGGCACUGGGCCUUCACCAACGCCUCCUCCGAGGGCCCGGCAAGGCAGAGAAAACGAGAGAGAUCCAAAUGCAAAUGCAACUGAGUACACCUUCAUGGGAUCCCUGAUCAUCCGUGAAGUCAUCAAAGACCUCAUCCCCAGAGGAAUCAAGCAGGCCAAGGUUGUCAUGCUGUCUGGCACAAGUGCUGGGGGAACAGGUGUUUUGCUGAAUAUUGAGAGGGUGGCCAGUCAGCUGGAGCAGCUCGGUGCAGAGGCUCAGGUCCGAGGCCUUGUGGACUCCGGGUGGUUUCUAGAGAGUAAACAGCAGAGAUCACCUAACUGUCCUGAGACUAUUUCCUGCUCACCUGAAGAUGCUAUAAAGAUUGGACUCAGGCUGUGGAACGGGGUUGUGCCCAAUAGGUGUCGGCAGCUCUAUAAGAGAGGAGAGGAGUGGCAGUGCUUCUUUGGCCACAAACUGUACUCUACCUUAACCUCUCCUGUGUUUGUUGUGCAGUGGCUGUUUGAUGAGGAGCAACUGAGAGUAGAGAACAUUUACAUGGGAGGACAGAGUUUGACCCGAGAGCAGUGGCAGUACAUACAGAACCUAGGCAGGGAGCUCAAGAACUCUCUGAGAGAUGUCACGGCUGUGUUUGCUCCAUCCUGCCUCUCCCACACACUGAUUACCAAAAGUACCUGGAUGAGUUUCCAAGUUAGAGGCACCUCUUUGCCACGGGCACUGCAUUGCUGGGACAGAAGUUUGGAGGCAACCCGCAACAACAGAACCCCUGCCAAAGGUUGUCCUUUCCACCUGCUGGACACCUGUCAGUGGCCCCAGUGCAACCCCACCUGCCCAGCCCUGGUGGACCAGGCCACCCAGCAGGAGCUCACCCUGCUCCAGAUGCUGGUUGCCAUGGGCCUUGACCUCCAGAAGCUGGGCCUCGAUCCCCAGGGAGAUGCAGAUUCUCUGGCCAGGAUGGUCAGCAAUGGUGGCUAAGUGUUGAAGUGGAUGACAGCCUGAGAGGUAGCCAUGCAAAGGCUUACUAGAGGAAAAAAUGUAUUGAAAUUUUAAUGUA